GCAGCCCGCAGGUCUGUCAGGCAGCGGUGGUCAGUGCCCAGGCAGGAUGGGCUUUGUCUGGGGCCUAGCUGUGCAUCUCCUUUUCUUCUGCUGGAAGGCUAGAGUCACUGUGGGCUCUCCAGGCCUCACCAUCAGCACAUCAGUUCCUCUGGUGACAACAAACAACAUGGAUGUGCUUGCCUCUACUCCAAGGGACAGGCCCAGCUCAGAGGGAGCUUCCCAGACCACUGAACCCACACGGCAUCUUCUAGACACUGAAUCCCUGAGCAUUGAAGCUGCUUCUAACACCUUCAUUGAGCCCAGUGCCAGUUCAGAAGUCAGUAUCAAGGACACACAGACCACCUUCCCUACAGCAUCCUCCAUGGACACCCAGACCACCUCCCCUGCAGCAUCCUCCAUGAACACCCAGACCACCUCCCCUGCAGCAUCCUCCAUGGACACUCAGACCACCUCCCCUACAGCAUCCUCCCUGGAUACCAAGACCACCUCCCCUACAGCAUCCUCCAUAGACACCCAGACCACCUCCCCUGCAGCAUCCUCCAUGGACACCCAGACCACCUCCCCUACAGCAUCCUCCAUGGACACCCAGACCACCUCCCCUACAGCAUCCUCCAUGGACACCCAGACCACCUCCCCUACAGCAUCCUCCAUGGACACCCAGACCACCUCCCCUACAGCAUCCUCCAUGGGCACCCAGACCACCUCCCCUACAGCAUCCUCCAUGGGCACCCAGACCACCUCCCCUGCAGCAUCCUCCAUGGACACCCAGACCACCUCCCCUAUUGAAUUGACCCUAAAGCUCCAGACCAUUUCCUCUGUAACAGAGACCAGAACUCUUGCAGUAAGAAUACCUUCCAACUUCAUGGCUGUGCACACCAUCCCUACAGAGACUUCGGCAAGGAGUGACAGCCCCACAAUUGGCAUGAGCACAGCCAAGACUGGCACAGUGAGUGGUCCUGUAGAAGCCAUCUUUGAUACCCUCUGUACUGAUGACAGCUCUGAAGAGGCAAGUAAGAUCACAGCUGACCUCCUGGCUUUGGCACACUCCUCCACAGAAGCUGAGCACCUGUCUUCAGAGAGCAGUUCCUCCUCUGACAGCUCAGGUGGGGUCCUUGGCAGUUCAUGGGUCCUGGAACCCAACACUGCAACUGCAGCCAAGGACUUGGUUGCCUUCAGCAUCACCCAUACCAAGCUAACCACCUGCGUCACAGAAAUAGAAACAUCUGUCAUCGUGCCUGGGACCCCAGACACAAACUACAACCCUACAGAAGUGACGACAGCCUUGUCCACUUCUGAGAUGUUAAAUUUGCCUCAAUCUACUGAGGCCACACCACUUAUCUCUGAGACUGCAAGCUCAUCUGGGAUCCUGUCAAUAGCCAGCACCCCAGCCUUUGUUACUGCCCUUGGGGGCACACUCUCCACUAGCGGGACCACAGAAAGAGAAACAGCAGUGGCCCAGAUGCCUACCUCUGGUGGAACGUUGGUGCCCGUUAGUAGAAACCCACUAGAAGACUUAGCACCCUCGACUGAGACACAAAGCCACACUGAGCUCUUGGGAACAAUUACAGUCCCCAGAGUUGCUGGGUCAACAGUGGGAGAAGCAACCACCUUUGCUAGCUCCUCAGCACCACAUAACAGUCUCUCAGCCGUGGCUACCACCAAGAGCUCUACUCCCUCAGAUACUGUAACCACAGACAAUACAACCAACCCCUCCUUCCUCACAGGUAGCCGCCCUCUUCCUUUUGUCUAUGUGACUACAGUAAGGACCAGCAAGAAACCAAAUGUCACCUUAGCCAAGCCCACAGCUUCACCUAAGACCCCGACACAGCCCCCAAGAUCUACAGCCACUACUGCUUCGACAAGGAAAACCACAAAGCGUGAUCUGGGUGAAGGUGGAGGCCUCCUCCUUGUACGGCUGAGCGUGGCCUCCCGUAAGGACCUCACUGAGCCCAAAGCCGCAAAGAAGCUGAUGGACCAGCUCCUCAAUGAACUGCGUGCCCGUAUGCCACUUGUGCAAGUGACCUUACUGAGCGUCAGGAGGGCCUGAAGAGUGUUAGCUGCAGCCAAGCAUGUCCUCUGUGCCAGAAGAAGAGCAAUGGUGCCUGUGGCCCGGACCCCACCAACAGACCAAAGCCAUGGUACUGUGCUAUGGACCCGGAAGGCUCCCAUGAUGGUCAGCUGGCUCAAGAGCCCCACCCAGUACCUGCCCACAAGAACUGGGUCCACUUAUGCCUGAGUGUACGAGAAAGGGGAGAGGGCUGGUCUGUUUCCUGUGACAUCCGCCACCUCCUCUGACUGGUUAUUAUGUUUCAGUAAAGAGAGA